AUGAUACUUCCCAUACCGAUUAGGAAACUUCUGGCAAAUAAGAAGGGCAAAUCGAUAAUACUCGCUCUAUUUAUCAUAUAUUCAAUAUGGAUUUUCCAUUACAGUAAUAGCAAGUUUAAACUGCAAUUCAAGCCAGGUAACAAUGGAUCCAUUUUCUUACCCACCACAUCGCAUAUAGACACCAUCAACUUGAAGCGUUUCGCUUCUAGUUCGUCCGCUGCACCACCUUCAAAUAUAAGCAAUUUGCGCCAACAAUUGUCUCUGAUCUUCCCCUAUCAUCCACAUGACAAGAUUCCAAGAACAAUAUGGCAAACUUGGAAAGUGGCCAAAUCUGACCCCACAUUCCCGGCAAAUUUUAAAAGUUUUCAAAGGGAUUGGGAAGCUUCUAUUAAUGCAAGGGAUGAUAAAUUCCAAUACACGCUGAUCCCUGAUUCCAAUAUUGAAAUUUUCCUUCAAGCCACAUACGGUGAAGUACCCCUCAUCAUAGAGGCAUUCAAGACAUUGCCCAAUAAUAUACUAAAGGCCGAUUUCUUUAGGUAUCUAAUUUUAUUCGCUAGGGGAGGAAUCUAUUCAGAUAUUGACACGGUUCCCUUGAAAGACCUAUCGUCAUGGCCAUCGUUAAAGGGUGAUAAUUGGAAAUCCACCGCCACGCAGAUCCCAUACAAGGGUAAGUUGGCAAAAGAUACAAACCCUCCAGAAUGGAAUGAGCCGGGGUUAGUCAUUGGUAUUGAAGCUGAUCCAGAUAGAGAUGAUUGGAAAACAUUUUACGCUAGAAGAUUGCAAUUUUGUCAAUGGACUAUUCAAGCUAAACCGGGGCAUCCAGUACUUCGAGAGUUAAUAUUAAAUAUUACCGCAACAACACUGAAUAGUGUGAAGACUUCUGGUCAAUGGCAUAUUGAUUCCAAAUUUAAGAAGGAUUACAAUGUAAACUGGAGGGAUAGAAGGGGUCAAGAUUCCAGCUAUGAUCAUUCCAAGAAGAAAUGCUUGAAUAAUGUCGAUGGUACUGAUAUUAUGAACUGGACUGGUCCAGGAAUUUUUUCAGAUAUUAUUUUCCAAUACAUGUCCAAUUUAAUCCAACAAAAUAAUGAUAUUUUAUUAAUUAAUGAUAAUUUAAACCAGGAUGAAAAUGAAACCAAUCUAAUGAAGUCAACAACAAUAUUCUAUAAGAAAAUUAUGGAUUCCUUACAAUUAAAGGGCGUUGUUCCUUGGGAAUUUUUCGGGUUUCUUAAACAACCUGUCCUGGUGGAUGAUAUAAUGGUUUUACCCAUUACAAGUUUCUCGCCUGAUGUGGGUCAAAUGGAGGCAGGUACUAGUUCUGAUUCAAUGGCAUUUGUAAAGCAUAUGUUUGAAGGUUCGUGGAAAGAGGAAGCCGAUUCAAAAAACAGUUCAUAG